AUGAGGGCCGCACAGUUGUCUUUCGCUAUUCUUUCUGCUUCUUCUCUUGCCAAUGCCCUCGCUUAUCCGCCUGGCAUUCACAAGCGCGCGGCACCUCCCGCAACUCUCGCUAAUGGUUACACCUACCAGGGCUGCUACGUCGAUGUUGGCCGAACAAUCUCUGAUGCCGCCACGGCAAACGGACAGAUGAGCAACGAUGCUUGCACAACGUUCUGCUAUAACAAGGGUUUCACCUACGCUGGUACCGAGUACUACAACGAAUGCUACUGCGGCAACGCCUUGGCCAAGAACGGCGUGCCUGCCAACGAGGCCGAUUGCUCUACGCCAUGCAGCGGAAACGCCACUCAGCCUUGCGGAGGCCCCAACCGACUUUCGUUAUAUCACACAUCCCUCAUCCUCGGCCCCUCUGUUAAUCCCGGUGUCGGUGACUGGAGCAGCAUUGGAUGCUAUGCUGAGGGAACCACCGGCCGCGCUCUCACUUACGGAAUCGGAAGCAUCCCUGGUGGUGAGAUGACCGUUGCCAAAUGCACUGCUGCUUGUGCCAGUGCCAACUUCAUUCUUGCUGGCGUCGAAUACUCUGGCGAAUGCUACUGUGGCAGUACCAUCUCCAACGGUGGUGGCCCUGCCGUCGAUGGCUGCACCAUGCUUUGCAACGGCAACUCUUCCGAGUACUGUGGUGGUCCGAACCGCUUGAACGUAUACGACUUCCAGCAUCAGUUUAAGCCUCUCCCUAGCUCAACAUCAACCCCGGCACCCACGAGCACUCCGGUAUCUAGCUCAAGCAGCUCUGUUGUCUCUUCCAGUAGUGCCGUAUCGUCCUCGAGCAGUAUCGUAUUGUCCUCCAGCAGUAUCGUAUCGUCCUCCAGCAGCUUCGUUGUCUCUUCUAGCACGGUUGUCUCCUCCAGCUCGGUCGUCUCUUCCAGCAGCUCGGCAACCCCCACGCCGACUGGUCCCAGUCAACCAGCGACUGUUGGUGUUUGGAAGUGGUAUGGUUGCCAGACUGAAGCCACAAACGCUCGUGCUCUUAGUGCAAAGACAACUGCUUCUGACGACAUGACUCUGGAGAAGUGCGCCGCUUUCUGUGAUGGCAAUACGUUCUUCGGUCUCGAAUACUCUCGCGAGUGCUGGUGCGGCAACUCUUUCGCCGCCGGCUCUGUCCCAGCCCCGUCUAGCCAAUGCUCUAUGAAGUGUAUGGGCAACCAGUUCGAAUACUGCGGAGAGGGCAACCGUCUUUCUGUCUACACCAUUGGCAGUGCCUCCCAGUCGUCGUCCUCAUCUUCGUCAUCUUCAUCUUCAUCCGUCGCUGGCUCAGUGACUGGUGCCGCCUCAACUACAACCUUCACUGCAGCUCCCUCUGCCACUGGGUACCCCACUGGCUGGACAAAUCAGGGAUGCUGGGUAGACAACCUGAAUGGCCGCAUCCUGCCUAACCAGCUUCAAGACGACCCGGCCAUGACACUUGCUUCCUGUGCCAAAGCCUGCUCUAGUGCCGGUUACACUGUCGCCGGUGCAGAAUACCACACACAGUGCUUCUGUGGUAACGCCAUCUAUAACGGCGGUGCUGUCGCAUCUGAUCCGACAACUUGCAACACUCCCUGUGGAGGAAAGUCCUCCGAGAUGUGUGGUGGCGGUAACCGUAUGACCAUUAUCUCCAAGGGCACUCCUCAGACGUACGCCCCUCCCGUGGCCCAAAAAAGCGGUUUCAACGGAAGCUGGACCUACCAGGGCUGUGUUCAGGACAACGUCGGAGCUCAACCCAACCCGCGCACCUUCUACUGGCAGAACAUCUUCGCUGGCACCAUGACCGCCGGUAUGUGCUUGGACAGGUGUGCCCAGUUUGGAUACAUGGCAGCCGGACUUGAGUACGGUGAAGAAUGCUACUGUGGCGAUCCUGCCAACAUUGUUACCCAGAAGGCCCUCUUCGUGGACGAAUCCGAGUGCAAUAUUGUUUGCCCUGGUAACCUCAGCUCCAUCUGUGGUGGUGGCGCUCGUCUCUCUACGUACUUCUGGACUGGCACCACGCCUCUCUACUCAUGGAACUUCGGUGCCGAUGCUACCACUGCUGGUGCCUACGAAUACCUCAUUGGCGGCGUGAGCAUCCCCCUGAUGACGAUGGAGACUAUCACUGGCAAGGUGACCUUCCUCGAGAAGUUCGGCACUGGCCCCCCUAAUUCCACCGGCGCUUACGAGCUCGACCUUUCUCUCGUCCCGGAUAUCUCCAAGUCUUGGAGAGAGAUGCACGUCAAGACCGACAUCUUCUGCUCUGCCGGUAUCACCCUUCCUGACAAGGCCGGCCGCCAGCUCAACAUUGGCGGAUGGUCUGGCGAUUCUACCUACGGUGUCCGUCUGUACUGGCCCGAUGGUCAGCCAGGAACGCCUGGCACCAACGAUUGGCAGGAGGACGUCACGAAUCUUCGCCUGCAGGACGGCCGUUGGUAUCCCUCUGCCAUGAUCAUGGCCAACGGUUCCAUCUUCGUCAUUGGCGGUGAGGAGGGAUCCAAUGGCCGCGCUGUGCCUACCAUUGAGGUUCUGCCCAACACUGGUACUCAGCCCCUGUACAUGGACUGGCUUGCGCGGACCGACCCCAACAACCUGUACCCUUUCGUUGCCGUUCUCCCCAGCAAGGACAUCUUCGUCGCGUACUGGAACGAGGCUAGAAUCCUUGACCACGUCACCUUCAACACCAAGACUGUUCUCCCCAACAUUCCUGGUGCUGUUAACAACCCCUUGGGUGGCCGCACUUACCCUCUUGAGGGGACUGGUGUUCUUCUUCCUCAGUAUGCACCUUACACGGAUCCGCUUGGAGUCCUCAUCUGCGGUGGUUCUACUGAUGGUCCCGCCACUGCCCUGGACAACUGCGUGUCCAUUGAGCCUGAGGGUACCAAUCCCCAGUGGGUGAUCGAGCGUAUGCCUUCGCGUCGUGUCAUCUCGUGCAUGGCCCCCCUUCCCGAUGGAACUUAUCUCAUCAACAACGGUGCUCAGCACGGUGUUGCUGGAUUUGGUCUCGCCAACGACCCCAACCUCAAUGCCCUUCUGUACGAUCCCACGAAGAAGAUUGGCCAGCGUAUCACAGUGAUGGCCAACACCACCAUCGCUCGUCUCUACCACUCCGAGUCCAUCACCCUUCUCGACGGUCGCGUUCUUGUCAGUGGUUCCGACCCUGAAGAUGGCGUUAACCCCCAGGAGUACCGUGUUGAGGUCUUCAAGCCUCCCUAUCUCACCUCCGGCAAGACUCGCCCUACGUUCAACCUCACCAACACGGACUGGACCCACGGCCAGAGUGUCACAUUCAGCCUCGGCCACGCCCCUGUCAAUGGCGCCAUCAAAGUCUCCCUUCUCGGUGCGGUGACAUCAACGCACGGUAACUCGAUGGGUGCUCGUACUAUUUUCCCCGCCGUCUCCUGCGGGCCUAUCAGCUGCACCGUCACCGCGCCCCCCAGCGCCGGUGUUGCACCCCCGGGUUGGUAUCAAUUCUUCGUCCUCGACGGUGGCAUUCCUGCUGUCGGUGUCUACGUCCGUAUCGGUGGUGACCCCGCCGGUUUGGGCAAUUGGCCACAAGUCGCCGGCUUCAAGACACCCGGUGUCUAA